AUGGUUGCACGUCAAUUUGUUAGAUGCUUGGCCACUGCGGUCAAAUCAGUGAAGCCACCUGUUGAGUUGUUUGGCCUUGAUGGCACAUACGCAUCAGCAUUAUAUACAGCGGCAGCCAAAAACAACAGCCUUGACAAGUCAUUUGCUUCAAUGUCUAAGCUUUCAGAAACUAUCAACAAAGAUCCUAAGGUGAUGCGGAUUCUUUCGAACCCAUCAUUGUCUGCCGGCUCCAGAAAAGAGGUUGUUUCCGUGUUGUCCCAGCAACUUAGCUUGGAUCCAAUGGUUUCUAACCUUUUGACUGUUUUGGCCGAGAACAACCGUUUGGAAAUUUUCAAGGAGGUGUCUAAGAAAUUCGCUCUUUUGAACGAUGCCCAUAACGGUGUCGUUGAAGCCAGAAUUGUCAGUGCAAAGGCCUUGGAUGAGAGAGUUCUUGCUAAAUUGGAUAGAGCCAUCAGCCACUCAAAGUUCGUCCAGAAUGGUCAGCACUUGAAGAUUAAAAACGAGGUUGACCCAUCAAUUUUGGGAGGUUUGAUUGUGGAGGUUGGAGAUAGGUCGGUGGAUCUUUCUGUGCAGACCAAGGUCAUCAAAUUGAACAGAGCUAUUUCAGAAAACAUCUAA